AUGCCUCCCAAAUCUCCCGUUCACGACCCGGAAUCCUCUCCGAACCCCGAGAAGUCUCCUGUUCUCAACCCAGAGUCCCCUCCGACGUCCAAGAAGUCGCCCAAGAUAACCAUGACCAAAAAUGCUGUCAUGAAGUUCUGGCGCAGUUUCUCAGGUGACGGCCCCGCACCAGCUCCCUAUGCCUAUCACGGGGCAGUCAUACCGAUCGCCGUUCGAAACGAAAAUGAAAUGCGAUCAGGCUUGGUCGAAGUCACCGUCGGUCCCACCCGUACAAAGGACAGCGUCUUCUACGUCAGCCAGGACUUAGUGCGCAAAGGUGGACCCUACCUCGAGGACAAGCUCGAUGCCGUAUACAAAAAAGGCAGCCAGCUCUUCGCAAAAUGGACUUUGACCUUGCCAAACGACGAGCCGGACGUCUUUCAGACCUUUUGCGCACUCACGCCUCACGGAAUGGGCGAUGUUAUGCAACAGGAGCAACAUCGGAAGGAUUCAGCAUUCCCCCAGGAAGACGCCAACCUAAUCCCACUGUCGGAUGACUACGUAGGGUGCCCCAGCCCCGAAUCCAAGAAGAGGCAGAUCCUCAAGCCGAGGCACGCGCGCUAUGUCUUCGAGAAGGUUGGGAGGCAGACCGGCUUCACCCAACUAUACGACUUCAUUCUCGGGUUGUCCGUCCAGGAGGAGUAUCUCACCAAGAUGGAAGCGCCGCAUGUCAAGGUCGCUUGGCGCGAAUUGCUCCAUGAGUACACGGACUUUAUGGCCGAGAGGAAUAAGCUGCUGAAUACGGCCGAAAUCCGUGGAGGAGAUGGUGGCGGAGGGGGCAGCGAAGGUGUCUGCUGCGGAACAGCACUGAACGCGUUUAUGGGAUCGACGCGAUCACCUCUGGUGCCUAUGGAGCCUCAUCAAUCCCCAUUUGAAAAUCCAUCCUUCGAACCUGAUUUUCAGUCGGCAACCACGACAUGUCCGCCACUGCCAGGCCGGUCAGUGCCACCCCUCAACCCACAGUUUCCGCCGCAAUUCUACCACAUACCCAGCAAGAAACGAAGAGCCAAGCCAACCAGCUUCCAGAGAGUUGAAGCUACAAACAAGAUCGUGCAAGAUGCCCUCCAGUGCCAAGCCGUGUCAGACAUCGUCGUCCCUCAAGCAAAAGAGAAGGACACGCCCUGGAGGAAGGACUUUCUGGACGCCUUCAAAGCCCGCUCAACUAACAAGAGUGAGCUCUCUGAGAUCAAGGAAGAGCUCAAAGAGCAGGGCAAGAAGCUAAACAAUCUCGAGGAGCUAGGAGCCAAACUGGAGGCUGUCGAAGCAAGGCUCAACGUCGUCCCUUCCGCAUUCAAAGCCCAAAAAGGCUUCAUCAUCCCGAGUGAAGAAGAGGGCGCACGCCCAGGACAGUCCUCUCGAAGAGCGGCCUCCAAAAGCACCUCGAACCAGCACACCCAACCGCAAGUAUCUGCUCCAGAUCACCCACCGCUUCCCCAUGAUCUCCAUGAUGACCCGCCGGCUAACACCCACGCGCACCCGAUCGUCGCCGCCCAAGUUCAGCCGCCGGUCAGCAAUAACGAUGACGUGCCCUCACUCGUCGAAGCAGAAAUAGCGGGCAAACCUAUCAGAGGUUCUUCGGGAGGCAGGGGCGUGCUUCUGCCCCCAUCAGUGCUCAGCGCAUUCGUCGAUACCAUCGAAAGCUGCAUGGGGAAGGUGAGUGUGUCGGGCUCAUCGAAGCCAGGCAAGGACACCUGCUUGCUGCAGAGGAGAGACAAGAAGCAGAGCACUUGGGACACCACCGACCACCAUGAGGCUCACAGAGAGUACGUAGCCCGACGGACAUACUGCGUUCAAUACACAGGGGCGAUGUUCAAGGUGUAUGCGCCAUCUGAGAGCAACAGGAGGGCAAGUGAGGAGCGGGAAGUCGGGGUGUGGGCCUCAUCGACAAUAGCCUGCCGUCCUUUGCCAGGUAAUGCGAUUGAGAGAUGA